AUGGCGUCGACUACGAGAGAAAAGUUUGUGUCUUUCAUCAACAACAGAUGGCUCGUCUUCGUGGCUGCCAUGUGGAUACAGUCUUGCGCUGGUAUCGGUUACUUGUUCGGAAGCAUUUCUCCGGUCAUCAAAAGCUCCUUAAACUACAAUCAGAAGGAGCUUUCGAGACUCGGAGUCGCUAAAGAUCUCGGCGAUAGUGUCGGAUUCCUCGCUGGAACUCUCUCUGAGAUUUUGCCUCUCUGGGCUGCUCUUCUCGUCGGUGCUAUUCAGAACCUCGUCGGUUACGGAUGGGUUUGGCUUAUCGUCACCGGUCGAGCUCCGAUUCUUCCUCUAUGGGCUAUGUGUGUUCUCAUAUUCGUUGGGAACAAUGGAGAAACUUACUUCAAUACUGGAUCCUUAGUCUCUGGUGUUCAUAACUUCCCCAAGAGCCGAGGUCCAGUGGUUGGUAUCCUCAAAGGGUUUGCUGGGUUAGGCGGUGCGAUUCUCUCGCAGAUAUAUACAAUGAUUAACUCACCCGACCCGGCUUCUCUCAUUUUCAUGGUCGCUGUUGCACCUUUUGUUGUCAUUGUGUCUCUCAUGUUCUUCAUCAGACCUGUUGGUGGUCACAGGCAGAUUCGUCCCACCGAUGGAGUCAGCUUUACUUUCAUUUACGGUGUCUGCCUUCUGCUCGCUGCUUAUCUCAUGGCUGUUAUGCUUAUUCAAGAUCUGGUUGUUGUUAGCCACGAUAUUAUCACUGCGUUCACUGUUGUGUUGUUUGUCAUUCUUGUGGUACCGAUCUUGGUCCCAAUCAAGACAAGUUUCUUCACAGGGUCGAUCGAUCCAGUUGACACGAUAGAAGAGCCUCUUGUCCCAAAACGGCAAGACCAAGAAGAACGUGGACUGAUGACACCUGACCUAAUCUUGAGUGAAGUGGAAGAUGAGAAACCAAAAGAUGUUGAUUUGCUUCCUGCGUCAGAGAGGCAUAAGAGGAUUGCGCAUUUGCAAGCACAGCUAAUGCAGGCAGCUGCAGAGGGGGCGAUUCGGAGACGGAGAGGGCCACACAGAGGGGAAGAUUUUACUUUAACGCAGGCACUGGUGAAGGCCGACUUUUGGCUGAUAUUCUUCUCCUUGCUGCUCGGUUCUGGUUCGGGUUUGACAGUAAUUGACAAUCUUGGUCAGAUGAGUCAGUCUCUUGGUUAUGAUAACACUCAUGUGUUUGUGUCUAUGAUUAGCAUUUGGAACUUCCUUGGACGAAUUGGUGGCGGUUAUUUCUCCGAGCUCAUUGUCAGGGACUACGCAUACCCAAGGCCGGUAGCAAUGGCCGUGGCUCAGCUAGUAAUGUCUGUUGGACACAUCUUCUUUGCGUUCGGAUGGCCUGGAGCGAUGUACAUUGGCACACUAUUGAUUGGACUCGGAUACGGUGCUCACUGGGCUAUUGUCCCAGCUACUGCCUCUGAGCUCUUUGGUCUUAAAAAGUUUGGAGCUUUAUACAAUUUCCUGACACUGGCCAACCCGGCUGGGUCUCUAGUCUUCUCCGGUGUGAUUGCGAGCACCAUCUAUGACCGGGAAGCAGAAAGGCAAGCUCACGCUCACGGGUCUGUGUUUAAUCCGGAUGACGCACUUAAAUGUGAAGGUUCCAUCUGUUACUUCUUGACGUCCCUCAUAAUGUCUGGAUUCUGCGUCCUCGCUUGCGUCUUGAGUAUGAUUCUCGUGCGUCGUACCAAGCCUGUUUACACUAAUCUCUAUGGCAAGACCCGCACCUGA